AGCAUCCCAGCAUCACAGUCAGUCAAGUGUAUGCAUGCUCCAGUGAUGAAGGCCCUACUGUUCCUCCUCUUCCUCACCGUGAUGUCUUCCUGUGUCCUGGCGAAGACUCUGGAGUUCUUCAUCGCAGCAGUGGAAACUAAAUGGGACUAUGUGUUUACUGACAACACAGAUCCUACCGCAAACCAGAGGACAUUUACAUCUGGUGUCCAGAAAUACAUCAAGGCUGUUUAUACGGAAUUCACUGAUGCCACCUUUACAACACCAAAGUCAAAACCUCCAUGGGCCGGUAUACAGGGUCCGACCAUCAGAGCAGAGGUGAAUGACAUAGUCGUGAUCCAUUUCAAAAACUUUGCUUCAAAGGCUUUCAGUAUUUCCCCCAUUGGCAUUCCGUACUGGAAACAAUCGGAAGGUGCGGGUUAUGAGGACUCUAGCUCGGUUCAGGAGAGGGCGGAUGAUUCGGUGCUUCCUGGUGGCUACUACAAGUACGUGUGGGACAUUUCCCCCAACUCUGGACCAACUACAUCAGACCCGGACUGUCUCACCUACAUGUACUCAUCACAGGUGGACGUCGUCAGAGACUUCAACAGCGGACUCAUCGGGGCCCUCCUGAUCUGUAAUGCAGAUGCUCUGACUGAGGAGAGACAGCGGAAGGUUCCGGAGUUCAUUCUGCUAUUUGCUGUAUUUGAUGAAAAUAAGAGCUGGUAUCGGGGGGUGGGCCAAUCAGACAAACCAAAGAAAACCUUCAGCACAACCCAGUACCACACCAUCAACGGAUACAUCAACUCAACCCUACCAGGUUUAACCGUGUGUCAAAAGAGCUCUGUGGUGUCAUGGCAUCUUAUUGGUCUCGGCUCCACCCCAGAGAUCCACAGCAUCCAGUUUGAAGGUCACACCCUAAAGAUAAUGGACCAUUUAAGGGUCACUGUGGAGAUGACCCCAAUGACCUUUACUACAGCCCUGAUGAAGCCAUCUGCUGCUGGAAGAUUUCUGAUCUCUUGUAAGAUCCACUCGCAUCAGACAGCUGGUAUGAAUGCAUUCUUCACUAUUGGAAAUUGCCAUGAACCUGUGGUGGCCCCAAGCCCUGAAAAACGAAAUGUAAAACAUUCUGACGAUGAUGAGGAGGAUGAUGAAGACAACAUGUUCUCAAGCAUCAUCCUCAUGCCAGGAGGUCCUGUAUCAGUGCUCCGCUCCAGCGCCAAGGGGCGACCCAAAAUCUGGAUCCACUACAUCAGUGCAGAGGAGAUUGUCUGGGACUACUCAUCUCAGAUCAGUGACCGGCCUUCACCAUCAUCUGCAUCAUCUUCUGAGUGGUUCAGGAAAGGUCCUCAGCGUUUGGGUGGGGUGUAUAAGAAGGUGGCAUUUGUGGAGUACACAGACAAGACCUUCACUGAGAAGAAGACCACCGGCCGGAUGCUGAUUGGCCCAGAGCUAAGAGGGGAGGUGGGAGAUAAGUUUCAGAUCAUUUUUAAAAAUAAGGCCAGUCGACCAUUUAACAUUUAUCCAAAUGGUCUCACCAGUGUUCAGCCUAUGAAGAAAACAGAAAAAGACAAGCCGGUCGAUCUCCGUUCUUUGGCCGUUCCUCCAGGGGAGAUCAUGAUGUACCUCUGGAAGCUCACAGCAGAAGAUGGACCCACUGAAUCUGACCCACGAUGCCUUACUCGCUUAUACCAGAGUACGGUGGAUCCCGUUCGGGAUGUGGCGACUGGACUUGUGGGACCUCUGAUCAUCUGCAAAUAUCAGUCUCUGGACAAGAGAGGCAAAGUGUUAACUUCAGAUAAAGAGAAGAAACUGCUGUUUACAGUGUUUGAUGAAAACAUAAGCUGGUACUUCGAGGAGAACAUUAAAAGAAACAGUGAAGAUCCAGCCAAGAUUGACUACAAUUCAGAGUUCUACAAUUCCAAUGUCAUGCACACUGUUAACGGCUUCAUGUUCAACCAGCUACAGUUUAGGAUGUGUGUUGGUGAUGUCAUACUCUGGCAUGUCGCCAGCAUAGGCAUUCAAAGCAACUUCCUGUCAGUGUACUUCACAGGCAACAUAUUUGAGAGGGAUAAAACAUACGGCACUGUCCUGACUCUCUUCCCAAUGACUGGAGACACGGUGACCACAGAAGUGGAGAUGCUAGGUGAAUGGGAGGUCAGCCCAUUUGACCCCUCCCUGAAAAAGCGAGGCAUGAGUGUUCGCUACACUGUUGUUAACUGCGAAAGAGUUCACUCCUUAGUGGACAGUGACGAUUACGAUUAUGAUUUCAUGGAUUUAAUCGAAAACAACUUCCCAAUUCCACGAGGCACAAAGGAAAAGGACCGCGCUAUCGCAAUUCGUGUUUGCAGGAACAGGACGUUGACAGAUUCUGCAAUUGGACAGGUCAACAUCGGCAGUACCUCAGACAAUGAGAGACAAAACAGAACCCCUGUGUGUGAGAUAAGAUAUAUUCUGGUGAAGCAGGAAAACGGUCUGGACGCAUUAUCGCAGGGCGGUAUUCCACAGGAUAUUUUGGAUCAACUGGACAGGGAAAUGGACGGAAAGUCUUUGGAACGUCAGAGAGAGUCCCACUUCAUCUCUGGGGCUUACAGAAGAAAGCCAGAGUUACUUAAUCUAAUUGUUCCUGAGACUGACCCUACAAGUACAAAAAGUACCACGGAUCACAUGGAAACGACAGACAAAGCAGAAAGAUACCAAGAGUCGGAUGCAGAUAAACACAAUAAAACAAGUCCAAUCUCCAACUCAACAAAUGACCUAUUUAGGAAAGUCUUUCUGCGAGAUAAAAACAUGUCUAAUAACCUCAGUCAACUUUUACGGGAUUCUCGUGAUGGGUCAGGUGUCACAGCAGAGAAGCAGACUGAUUUGAAAGUAAGGAAUCGAAGGGAGAUGUUUAGUGUCACCAAGGACAACAAAGCGGAUGGGAAAGUUACUAAAGUUCUUAGCAGCAAUGAAGUUCUAGUAGACACGGGAAGUUCUGAUGGAAAGAUGGAAAAGAUGGAAGCACUUAGCUAUAAUUAUAAAGAUCCAAAGAAGUUCCGACCAGACUUUGAAGUUAUGGAUCCCCUUUCCAUUUCCAAUUCCUCAUAUAAUCAGAUGCAUGGCAAACGAUUGUCAAAUGACUAUGAUGAUUACGGUAAUGAGAGAAGUGUUGUCGGUACGGAUCACCUUUCUGAUGACAAUUUCGACAUCAGAUCCACAAGGUCACAGUUCCGAAGUUAUUACAUCGCUGCAGAGGAAAUCAUGUGGAAUUAUGGGAUUACUAAACCAGCUCAGCUCAUUAAACCAGGGGAGAUGCGCAGAGGAAUGAGGUCAUUUUUCCCAGCCUAUAGGAAAGUGGUUUUCAGAGCCUAUCAAGACAGAGACUUCAAGUAUCCCAUCAAACGAGGGGAACUGGACGAGUAUCUCGGCAUUAUGGGUCCUGUGUUGAAGGCAGAGAUUAACGAUGUCCUAACUGUGGUUUUCAAAAACCUGGCAUCCAGACUGUUCUCCUUCCACUUGCAAGGGGUGUAUGAUAAGACCCAGGGUAGUUUUGCUCCUGGGAUGGGCCCAGAAAGCUACACGGAUGAGGUACCAGGUGAUCCAGUCCCACCGGGGGAGGAGAGGGUGUAUAACUGGAGAAUCUCCAAACGACAAGGUCCUUCAGCAUCAGAGUUUGAUUGUAAGGCUGGAGCCUAUUACUCCAAUGUCAACAUGGAGAAGGACACGAACUCUGGUCUCAUCGGUCCUGUGCUGAUAUGUCGUCCCGGUACCCUCCAUCCACAUGAGUUACUUCAGCCUCAAAUGUUGGAUUUCUUCCUUCUCUUCACCACCUUUGAUGAAAGGAAGAGUUGGCACAUGGACUACAACAUCAGGAAGUUUUGCACCCCACCCUGCCAAGUCAAAGUAGAUGAUCCGUGGUUUGAGAUUAGCAACAAGUUUGCUGCGAUUAACGGCUAUGUGGCAGAGACUCUUCCCGGCCUGAUGGUUAAACGGUAUCAGACGGCUCGCUGGCAUCUCCUCAACGUUGGGAGUCAAGGCGAGUUUCAUGCUGUACACUUCCACGGACUGCCGUUCAGUGUCGGAAAAGACCAGGAACACCGCAUGGGAAUCUUCAAUCUCUAUCCUGGUGUGUUCGCGACAGUGCAGAUAAGGCCAGUCAUAGUGGGCACCUGGUUAAUAGAGUGCACUAUAGGAGAACAUCAACUGGCUGGCAUGAGAGCCAAACUACUGGUCUAUGACCCCCGGUGUGUUCAGCCGUUAGGAAUGCAAUCAGGAUGGAUUAGCAAUAAUCAAAUAACAGCCUCUGAUCAAUAUGGGGACUGGAAGCCCAGUUUAGCUCGACUGGGGUUAUCGGGAUCUGUUAAUGCCUGGAUGGGCAUCAGCACAAACUCUUGGCUCCAGGUGGAUUUGUUAAAGCCCAUGAUCCUUCAUGGGAUUCAGACUCAAGGUGCGAAGACCUCGAUGGGUAUGAGCGAGUCCUUCACUGUAUUGUACAGCAUCAGUUACAGCAAAGACCAGGAGAACUGGACCACCUACAGAGGAAACAGCACCAAAUCGACUUACACCUUCAAUGGAAACAUGGACGCUUCCAAAAUUAAAGAAAACGUUUUUUCUCCGCCCAUUGUGGGGCGUUAUAUCCGGAUUCAUCCGCUGACCUUUCCAAAGCAGCCCACCCUGAGGAUCGAACUUCUGGGGUGUGACCUAAACAGUUGUACUUUGCCAUUGGGAAUGCAGCGCGGGUGGAUUCCCAGCAGCAAUAUCAGCGCAUCUUCGUUCCUGAACAAGUGGUUACUCUCGUGGAGUCCAGACCUUGCUCGGCUCCACCAGAAAGGGCGUGCAAAUGCAUGGAGACCCAAGACCAGUAACCCUCAUGAGUGGUUACAGGUGGAAUUUGCAUCCAUGAAGCGAGUGACCGGUGUGGUGACGCAGGGCGCUCAUUCUGUGCUCAAACAGAUAAUGGUCACUGAAUUUACCGUCUCCGUAAGCAACAAUGGCCACACAUGGACCACUGUGAAGGAAAAAGACUCAGAUCAAGAGAAGAUAUUUGAAGGAAACGGAGAACCUGACGAGGAACUGCUGAACGAGUUUGAUCCUCCCCUGUUCACCCGCUUUAUACGGAUUCACCCUAAAGGCUGGGUCAACGACAUCGCCCUGCGGGUGGAGUUUUUGGGGUGUGAUACUCAACCAACAGUUUGAGAGAGAAAUAGAGAGUUAUUGUACGUAAACAAAGAGAGAGAGAGAGAGAGAUACUGUAUGUUUUUAACACUAGCAUUAAGUCCUUCUACCUAAGUGUACAACAUAUUUAAAAACACACAGCUUUUUCCGAACCCUCGUGAGCUGCGUUGCUACUCUCAACUUCGGCAACUACCUUCUAAGGCAGCAUCCUAACCAAAAUGAAACUUCAUAACUAACUAAAUUCAUUAGCCACUCCAUUAAUUCCAAUAGAAUCUGAUGCUAGCAUAAUGCUAAGCUAACAUAGCCACUCCAUUAAUUCCAAUAGAGUCUGAUGCUAGCAUAAUGCUAAGCUAACAUAGCCACUCUGUUAAUUCCAAUAGAGUCUGAUGCUAGAAUAAUGCUAAGCUAACAUAGCCACUCCAUUAAUUCCAAUAGAGUGUGAUGCUAGAAUAAUGUUAAGCUAAUAUAGCCACUCCAUUAAUUCCAAUAGAGUCUGAUGCUAGCAUAAUGCUAAGCUAACAUAGCCACUCCAUUAAUUCCAAUAGAGUCUGAUACUAGCAUAAUGCUAAGCUAACAUAGCAACUCCAUUAAUUCCAAUAGAGUCUGAUGCUAAAAUAAUGCUAAGCUAACAUAGCCACUCGAUUAAUUCCAAUAGAGUCUGAUGCUAGCAUAAUGCUAAGCUAACAUAGCAACUCCAUUAAUUCCAAUACAGUCUGAUGCUAGCAUAAUGCUAAGCUAACAUCUAACGGAUACUCUAAUAAGCACUAAAAACCACACAAAUAUUGGGUGAAAUACUCAAUUUUCAAUUGAAUUUGAACUAUUAUUUUUAGUCUAUAAUUUUAAUAAUCUACGUUUCCCUCAACAUUUUGCCUUCUCCAUGAAUGACACAUACAAUGUUGUCUUAGCAUUAGGCUAAAAUUUGAUAUCUCUUAAAGCAGCAGUGUUUUGUUGCUUACAAGGUGCAAGACGUUUGCACCCAUGAUGCCUAAUUAUGCCGUCUUGGUAGGCGGCUCACUUGGGUUUGGAACGGUUUGGAACAAGUCGUCAAGUCAUUUCUAUUUUUAUAGCGCUUUUCACAACACACAUCGUUUCAGAGGAGCUUUACAGUAAAUGAUGCUGUAACAGAAAAAACACUACAAAGGCUUUUGUUAUGAUCUGUAAAACAUGAUGAUAUGAUUAUUUAAGUGUUGCUUAAAAACCUGUUAUGUUGUUAGUUAUUAGAGAUAUAACGUUUUAAGAUAUUAGUGUUAUUCUGAUCAAUUUGCUGCUCAUUUAAUUAAACUAUGCACACUGUUAGCUUUUGAGACAUUAGUUUGCUGAAGCCAAUAUAUAUGUUUCUAGUGAAUGUACACUUGCAUAUCAGUAGAGGUUUUCCACCUCAUUGACGAUGGCUUUUAUGGAAAUUAGCCGUUUGUGUACUGGUCUGCAUUAACUACUGAAUCGGUCAUAUGCUGUAUUUUUGUAUUUUGCACUGUGAAAGUUUUACUAUUUACUAUGAUGAGACUAUUUUAUACAAUAUUUAAAGUGUUGAAUUGAGUCAAUAAAAGACUAUAAAACUCAA